AUGCAGAAGGACAUCGCACGCAUGUUCAGGAACUCCAGCCUCUUCCAGAGAACGCACACCAGCACUUUCUUCCUCAACCGCAUCAUCAGGCUUCAGGAGGUAGACAUAGCUAUGUGCAUCGUGGCGCCUGGCCCUGACUGGGUGUUUCCCCUCAGCGAGGCCCUGGCCGCCUCCCUGGUGAGCAGCGUGAACCACGCGCUGGGGGAGCUGCUGGACAUCUGGCAGCAGAUCGGCAUCAAGGAGGAGAUGCAGCUGGAGCGCAUGCAGGCCGUCAAGCAGCACAUCGAGGAUUUGUUGAAUGAAAUGAUUAUGGAAGAAUGUCAGUUAAAGGAAAGAAUCAAACACAACAUUGAACGUCGGCAGAAGGAACUAAAGAUACUAAGAAAUGAACUUUCAUUAGACCCCUACCUGGCUGAAGAGGGUUUGUCCAUCCUUCAGAUGGAGAAAGAGCUUCGAUUGGCAAUAGAAGCUGCAGUCAAAGAAAAAAAUGAGAGGCUGGAAGAAUUGAAGGAGCUUCAGCAAGAAGAUGAAAAGCUCUGUACAGAGCUUUUCGCCACUCCUUAUUAUAUACCCUCUGGCAGUAUUCCGAGUCGUUCACAACUGGAAGAGUUAAAAGAACAUGUUAGGACACAUUCAGAGGAAAAGAAACAACGUCUGGAAGUUUUUCUCAAACUGCAAAACGAAAUCAGGCAAUAUAAUGAAGAGAUCGGACAUGCACCUGAUUCUACUCUUGAAAAAGAGGUGCUCUCUGAUGACGAGGAAUCCUUUUGUCUUACUAAUAGGAACAUUGAAGCUCUUAAAAUACUUGUUGAUCAGUUGCAGUUGAAAAAAGAAUCUCUAAUUUCAACACGGGAGGCUCUCAAGGAGAAGGUACAACUUCUAUGGAAUAGAUUGUGCUGGCCAGUAGAGAAGCAGGAACAAUGUAAAAUGAAUAUUGAAGGUUCCAUUACUCAAGAAGUUACCAUGUGGGAAGAAGAGCUGCUACGUCUAGAAGAGCUGAAGAAAGAGAAUUUGAAGGGAAUGAUUGCAGAAAUAAGACAGGAGCUUAAUACUUACUGGGAGAAAUGUUUCUAUAGCACAGAACAAAGAUCAGCCUUUCUCCCAUAUUAUGAUGAUGACUUUACAGAAGAUCUGUUGAAGCAACAUGAUGAGGAAGUUAUAAAAAUGAAACUCCUUUAUGAGAAAAAUAAGCCUUUAUUUGAAGGUGUUGUUAAGUGGGAAACAACCUGGAAACAGUUCAUAGAGCUGGAGAAAAAAUCCACAAAUCCAAACCGACUGGUUAACAGAGGUGGUACUUUACUGAAGGAAGAGAGAGAGCGGUCAAAGAUCCACAGGCUCUUAACAAAGUUGGGAGAAGACCUGAAAAGAAGCAUUGAAAUCUGGGAAAGAGAACAAAGCUGUAACUUCUCAAUCAAGGGUCUGAGAUUCCUGGAUUACAUGGCAAAUCAGUGGGAACAGCAUGCACUUAAAAAAGAACGGGAGAGGUUAACGAAGAAACCCAUAAAAAGGCAUACUGGCUCAAAUACUCCAACUCCCUUUAAGACAAGGAAGUUGAAUACAGUCACAAAUGUAACUGUGCUGCGGGCAGCCAGCUGCACCAACCUUACCAACACAGGCACAUGUGCUGCAACUGUUUCCAAAACGCCCAUUCCAGUUUGUAAGAUGCUAUCUAAAUGCACACCACCAUCUCCCCCACAGCGCAUGCCAUUACAAGAGAACAAGCAAGCCAGCAAAUCGGACAAUCAGAUCAGCUAUUUAAACUUCACAAAGGAACUUUUGAAGCAAACAAGGAAUACCGAUGACGUAUUCAAUUCUACAGUAAAUGAAAACACAUAAUAAGGAUUCUGCCGCUUUAUGCUCUGAAAAGCCCAGCACUAAUCCCUUUGUGGAACUUGCAAGACUUGGGAGAGAAGACUUGCACUAUAUUUAUAAUGCCUCUGCUAUGACUAACUCUUGCUAGGAAAACAUUAUUUUCAUCUGUCAUUGCACUUAGAAGUAAUAUAUGUUGAAUUAGUGAAGUCCACUCCAAGCAAACUUCUGUAAGUCUUAGUGUACAGAUCAGUAUUUAUAUUUUCUGUCUUUAUUGGUGUGCCUGCAUGUGUGAACUGGUUCAUUUACUGAUGCGCAAUUGUUUUUUCUAGAGCAUUAAUGUAAAGCUUUUUUAAAACAAUGUUAAUAUUAAAGCUUUUGAACGGUCUUACUCUUAUGAUGGUCAAGAGACUUGAAUGUUUCAUGCAUUUGAUUUAUUCUGUUGUCCAGCAUUAAGCAAUUAGUCUCAAACCGUGAUGCUUUUUAAGCAAACCUAUGUAGAGAAUUAUGAAGCUAGAAUUUUUUAAAAUAGUUGAUUAGUGAUUGUAGCCAUGUCACCUCUGAACUGUUCAUUGCAGUUGUUUAAUUUCUUUGACUUUAUAGUUUUAAUAGCCGCCUUUAACUGAAAAUGUCCCUUCACAGUAACGAAGGAACUGUCUAACCUGCCCUGAAGAGAUCUGAAUAAUGUUGUGAUUAGAAUAAAAACAAUGUUUUUAUAAGUGUUUUUAAAUAUUUCUUGAGGUGUAUAUAGUGUGAUUCUGAAAAAUAUUUGUGUUGUGCUAAAAGUUAAAAUUCUUAAAUAAUAAACUGUACUAAUUAAGA